AUGGCACAGGCGGGCGUUGUAGCGUCUGAGCCGCCGCCGCCGCCCCAUUCCCAGCCAUCUGCGCUGUCCGGGACUCAUAACUUUUUUCGCAAACUCUUUGGUCGGCAGAGUAGCAACAAGGCUCCCUCGCCGCCGACAGAGCGGCCUGCCGGCCCCGCGCCUGAGAACGACUCGGCCGACUCGGACAAGGGCGGCCUGAUUCGCCGAAUGUCCCGGAGGGUCGUGCCGGGUCUUCCCCGUGCCCAGACGUUCAAGCGCCAAGUAUCGGAACGGAGGACCAACUUGUCCCCCAUCGAGCCAACGCCAGAUGAGAGGAGAGCUGUAUCCAUGGACCGCCGGUCUCAUGGACCCCGAACAUCAUCAACCUCACAGCCAGCGACCAAUCCCCGGGUCAGCGCCCCAAGCUUCCUUGGCUCCCCGCAAGACGAGAUACCUCGUUUUGUACCUUCCUUACCAUCCAGUCCUGUUGCAGAUGCGCCAAUCCAGGAACCGGUUGAAUCAGUUGUGCACAGGGAUGACGAGGCUACACUGGCCGAUGAGUGUGCCAUCCAAGACAAUCUCUCAACGGCUGACACUCAUUCAAUAACGGCAUCCCAGUAUGAAGCUCUGAUUCGCGAGGAGCUCGAGAAGACCUGGAUAUUAAAUCUCAGCAUGCACUUCCGGGAUCGUUCGAGAAGGGAAAAGUUCUUCGUCACAUAUCGGGAGCAGGAACACACUUGGCGGCGCGUAACCAUCUCCCUCGAUUACCGAGAUGCUCCUCCGAACUCACUGGAGAUGGACCUCAUUCACACUCACUACCAACGAGACAAGAGCGCCAAGAUUUACGAGGCUAUCCGGGAGAGCCUACGAGACAUUCAAUUCUACGACACUGUGACCAAUCUGAAACUUCAGACGACUGAUGGGAGACUUCAUGUCCAUGUGGUUGAGGACGGCAAUGAAAUUAUCCAAUACCCGACUGUUGCUCAGAUCAAGCACCUUGGUUGCAGGCGUAUUCGGGAAAAGGAUAUCGUCUUUGACUCGCACAUGUCGGGCUUCGUUUAUAAAGUCAAUGUUAAUGGUCAUACCUUGAUCAAGAAGGAAAUCCCGAGCCCUGACACGAUAGAUGAGUUCUUGUAUGAAGUCAACGCUCUCAACCGCCUCCGCCAUUCACGCAACGUCAUCCAUUUCUAUGGUGUCGUAGUGGACGAUCACGAUGAGCACGUAAAGGGACUUCUCAUCAACUACGCCGACCAGGGAGCUCUCAUUGACAUCAUUUACGAGCACUGCAAAGACGGCGAUUACGACCUUCCGUGGUCAACACGUGAGAGGUGGGCUCGGCAAAUUGUUGAAGGGUUGUCCGACAUCCACGAGUCAGGCUUUGUACAAGGCGACUUCACGCUGUCCAACAUUGUCAUCGACGAGUACGGCGAUGCGAAGAUCAUUGACAUCAACAGGAGAGGGUGCCCAGUCGGAUGGGAACCCCCGGAAGCCACGCCGCUCAUCGAGAGCAACCAGCGGAUUACUAUGUACAUUGGCGUCAAGUCGGAUCUCUACCAGCUGGGCAUGGUGUUGUGGGCUCUGGCAACGCAGGAGGAUGAACCAGAAGCCCAAGGGCGACCGUUGAUACUUGGUCCCGAGGUGAACAUCCCAGAUUGGUACAGGCAAAUGGCAGAGAUUUGCUUGAGCGAUGAUCCGAAAAUGCGGCUCCAGGCGUCUGCUCUUUUGCACAUGUUCCCACGACCAGGGGAUGGUAAAGAAUGCGGACAGUUGAACCCCCCGCAAUCGACAAUUGACGAAGGUUACACAUUGCAGCAGUAUCUCGUUGACGGGUACCACCCAGACAGCCUUCCGCAGAUUAAGACGGUUGAGCCACCCAGCGACUGGUCCUACGUGAGCCGGCCAUACACAGACGCAAGCCCCAUUGGAUACGAGCCGUACUACUACACACGUGGACGAUCACCCCCAAGCCCCCUGCCGAGCAACUAUGACGGAUGCGACUCCCCGCGAGGUUUGUACAACAUUGCUGCUUGGGCAGCAAAUCGGGACAUACCUUCAUCGUACAGCGACGUGGGACCUGACGGCAUGCCCCUCGACGAGACGCCUGUUGCCGAUAAGACAGGAUUUAUGGAAUCCGAUGGGGCCACAGCACCGUUUUCGACCAUGGAGAAGAGAGAAACGCCGGCAACGUCGACGUCGACCCCAAGCCCAGACAGGGGCGUGGAUCUCCUGGAUACCCCUGAGGGUAGGAUUGCUGCGAGCAUUAUCCAGGCCCAGAUGGGAUCGAGGGAAGAAUCAUGCCAAAAAGGUGGCAUGGGACAGCAAGUUUCUCCCCGAGACGCGAAUGCUGGCUCGAAAGAGUCAUCGCCACCAGGAAACACUAUCUCGGACAGCACCCAUACGGAAGUCGGCAACAGAAAUGAAGCGCCAGUCGGAGGUGGUGCGAUUGGAGGAAAAGGAAACAAUUCCUCGGCCGUGAACCCGCUUGAAGGAACAACACAAGAAGUGGGAGGCGAAGGAGCCAAGGAAGCAAAGAAGUUGGAGAAGGAAACUCGCAAGAGUUCCGAAGGAAUGGUUAAAACUGACAGUAGACCGAAAGAGGUCCAAUUCGCCAAUGAAGGACAAAAAACAGAGUUUCCUGAGAUGCUGCCUGAGAAUGGCAAGAACAUUUCGGAGAAACUGCCAGCAGAGCCAGAGACGGAUCGUUGUGGCGAGAAGAAAGAGUUGGAUGUGAAGGGCGUAGGCGAGGAGAGAGAGCCCAAGAUGGUCGGCAUUGAUAUCAAGACUGUCGAUGCUCCCAUGGAGAAGGAACUGAAUGCCAGGGACAAGUUGGUCGAGGGGAAGACAAUCGACCCUGACGCUGAGACUGCGGACUCCCCUAAGAAAGAGCUGGAUACCAAAAGUGUGGACAAGUUAACGGCAAAAGCAACACCCGGAGGCGACAUCAAGACGACGGAUACAUUGGCAGGGAUUGGGGCGGCGCACCUGACGACUGACGACAAGGACACGAUGCGGCAGAAGCAAACGAUUGACGACAAACUUAAAGCGGCGAAGCCUCGGAUUGGAGCAUGA